AUGCCUUCGCCGCGCAGCCCGAGGACAUCCUGCGGCAGCAAUGGGUCUGCUCCUCGCCAACGACGCCGCCGCCGACGAGAACCACCAUCACCAAUGGCUGGGAGCUCGCUCUGGGUCGUCCUGUUCCUCGUCGUCGCCCUGCUCAGCGUGAAGGCGCGGGCCUACGAGCACGUGUCGGACGAGACGCUGCGCAACAUCCCCAGCGGCGGCGCCGACUUCGACAUCCAUUCCGGGCCGCUGCUGGCGCCCAUCCUCAUCCCCCGCGUCCCCGGCACGCCCGGCUCGGCCGCGGUGCAGCGGCACUUUGUGGCCUUCUUCCGCGAGCACCUGCCGGACUGGCGCAUCGAGUGGCACAACACGAGCUCCCGGACGCCCGCGACGGGCGACCGCGAGGUCCCCUUCUCCAACCUCGUCUUCACGCGCGACCCGCCGUGGGCGCACGAGGGCGACGUCGGCCGCCUGACGCUCGCCGCGCACUACGACAGCCUGUACCGGCCUGAGGGCUUCAUCGGGGCCGUCGACAGCGCCGCGCCGUGCGCCAUCCUGCUGCACGUCGCGCGGAGCAUCGACGUGGCGCUGACCCAGAAGUGGGAGGAGAUGCAGCGCUCGGGCGACGCCGGGGCCGGGCUCGAGGAGGAGAAGGGCGUCCAGAUCGUGCUGCUGGACGGGGAGGAGGCCUGGAUGACCUGGAGCGCCUCGGACUCGCUAUACGGCGCCCGCGCGCUCGCCGAGGCCUGGGAGUCGCAGGUGUACCCCGCCAUGUCCGCGUACCGGAACAGGAUCAAGGCCAUCAGCCUGUUCCUGCUGCUGGAUCUGCUGGGCGACGCGGAGCCGCACGUGCCGUCGUACUUUGAGGCGACCCAUUGGGCAUACGAAGGCAUGGCCAAGGUUGAGGGCCGACUGCGUAAGCUCGGCCUGCUCACUUCCAAGCCCAAGAACGCCUUCCUGCCGGAAAUGGUGAAGAAGCCGAACAUGUUUGCGAGGGGCUACAUCGAGGAUGACCACAUCCCCUUCAUGGUCCGCGGCGUACCCAUCCUGCACAUCAUCCCCAAUCCGUUCCCUCUCACCUGGCACACGAUGGAUGACAACGGCGAGCACCUGGACAUUGGGACGGUGGAUGACUGGGCCAAGAUCGUGACCGGCUUUGCUGCCGAGUGGAUGGAGCUUGACGGCUUUAUGGGCUCUCCCAAGCAGGCGUUGGGAAAGAAAGAGACGAGCGAGACAACUAGAGAUAGAUCCGAAUUAUGA